AUGAUAUUAAAUGAGUUACUAACACGCUUGCGUCAUCUAAAAGUGCUACUCGUACUACCCUCCAAAUUGGGUGUUGAAGUAUCGCCACUGGAUCUCUUUCGUUGGGCGUGGCAUUCGGGUUAUACGCGCAUAAUGAGCCUUCAUGCGACAACUGGUGCUAACGGUACUCAUAUUACGCUUAUGAGCUUCACACCUUUUCCAGAAUUGCAGUUGAUAACUGUGGAGCGGCCAGUCGAUUACUUUCGUUAUACAUUACCACAUGAUUUUCAAGGUCAUGCCAUACGUGCUCCACUGGGUCAAAAUGCACCAUCGGUCUUUAGUUACACAGAUCGAAAUGGACAACGGAAGACAACCGGUAUGAUAUAUCAUGUGUUCCAUAAUUUUAUAAAGCUACAUAAUGCUACGUUGGAGGAAGUUGUGCUACCCGAACCUUAUCCGGAUGUUGUGCUGAUGGAAUCGGUAAUUGCAGCAUUGCAGCGCGGUCAGCUAGAUAUUUCUUUGCACUUUUACUUUAUGGAUUACGAGAAAUGGCAUAUCAAUCAACCGCCAUUUUUAUUUGCAAAUUAUUUUCGUGUGCCGAAUGCGAAACCACGCCCCAUUGAAGAUUAUGUAUGGGCACCGUUUAGGCGUAAGGUUUGGAAUGCCAUAUUUUUAUAUUUACUUUUCAUAGCGUUGAUACUCACCUUCGGGUACUACUUAAGUACUCGUAUUGAGUGGCUACAUAAGGCAUCUAAAAAAGAGUACAUUGGAAGAGUUAGUAGCGAGAUGACAUCGCCUGCUAUACCGAGAUGUGGAAGUUGUAGCACAUUCAAGCUGAAUCGUAAACCCUUUUCAAGAAUUGAAUGUACUCAUCUACUCUACGGCCUAUUUCAAUAUCUACACAUUUUCAUCGAUACCUUCCUUCAAUUACUGGCAUCACUCUGCUUUACCGCCAAUAAAAUCUGUCGGCGCUCAUAUUACAAUCGUCGGCUGAGCUCCAUGUUUAUAUUUCACAGUAUACUCGCCUUCAUUUUAGUGAAUUAUUACAGCGCACUAAGUGUUAGUUUUCUCACCACGGGAAUCUUUGAACCGCAAAUGAACUCCAUCGCUGAUGUCAUAGAUUCGCCUUACAAAAUACAACUGACUCAUACUGAUAUUCCUUAUUUUCCAAAAGAUGCGGACUUGCGUCGAAAAGUUGAAAUAAUCAGUAGAAGCGAGAUGUGGCAACACCAUUUGACACUCAAUAAUUCGGUGAUAUUGUUGAAUACACUGUGGAGUUAUAAUUUCUUUAGUUCUCAACAAAUGAAAUUACAUCAGAAACCCGUCCGUUUACUAAAAUCUGAAAUCGUUUGGGAUGCUAUGAGCGGCAUGUUAAUGCCACUAAAUUCACCAUAUGUUGAAAUGUUAACCGAUACUUUAUUGUGGUCUUUCAAUACGGGUCUCUUUCGCAAAGCGUACAUCGAUACGUGGGGGAAUGCUUUUGAAGCUGGGAUUCUACAUUUGCUACCGAUAGAUCAUGACUCGGAAUAUGCGCUGGAUAUGCAUUAUUUUUACUGGGCGUGGUGGGUGUGUAUUGUUGGUUAUUUGCUGAGCAGUGUUGUCUUAUUAAUUGAGCGGUUCUGUCAUAAGAAGACAAAGUGA